UGGGAGUCAGAUACCGCGAGAAGUGGUUUCCCGAAGCGGCUCUGACAGGCGCAGGCGCACUACAGCUCCGACCCCGCCGCGAAGGUGGCUUCCACCGGGGGAGGCGUGGCCGGGCUUCUGGCACAAAGCUCGCGAGAUUUGAACGCGCCACCACGCGUUCUUCCUGUCAGGGGCCGGAAGUGCGGUGCGUGGGGCAUCUGUGGCGCUUUAUUUUCUGUGCGGCUGGGUCUCUGGGUCCGGGUUCCUGUCGCGGCUCCUCGGGUCUUGAUUCGCCCCGCCUCCCCUGGACCGAGGUGAUGGGGGACUCCAAGGAGGCCGGGGCCGAGGCUCCACCGGCCGGGGCCGCUGCUCGAGGAAGUCUUAGCCUCCUGUCCCAGGGAGAGUCCGAGGAACCUGCACAGGGAUCAGCUUUAUUUCUUGGAGGCAAUGAAGUGAAGAGCACAGCUGUGGUGAAAUAUUCUUCUGCCCCUCCUCGAACAGCGUUUGCACGCCUUGAAGAGAAAACUGACUUGAAACUCCCACCUGCCAACUGGUUACGAGAGAGUGCCAAACUAGGGCCAGCAGGAACUACCAUUCUUGGCAAUAGUAAGAAAAGCAAGCCAUUUUCAAGCUUCGGUAUGGCAUAUGACUUCAUUGAUUCCGUGGGAAACGAUGUGGAUGUUGUCUCUGACUCUGAAAACAUAAAAAAGCUCCUGAAGAUCCCCUAUAGCAAGUCCCAUGUGAGCAUGGCCGUGCACCGCGUGGGGAGGACCCUCUUGCUGGACGAGCUGGACAUCCAGGAGCUCUUCAUGAGGUCAUCUCAGACUGGUGAUUGGACGUGGCUGAAAGAGUUUUAUCAAAGACUUAUUGAUCAGAAGUGGCAGAGGAAGAAAAAGAGCAAAGAGCAUUGGUAUCAGAAGGCUAUUCUUUCCAAGUUUUUAUAUUACAGUAUCAAUGGCGAUGGAGCUGCUCAGCCCGUUCCAUCUGCUGCAGAACAGCAGGAACCAUCCGGCUCAGGUCAGACAAAUGAUUCGGAUGGGGCUUCGUGGCCCGCCCCCUUCGAAAUGCCUUCUUCCGUUUCUGAAGAUCCCAGUGCUUCCAGUCAGGGAAGUGAGCCUCUUGAACCCUCAUACAUAGUGGGGCAUGUGGCUUCAGCGCCCAAAGAACAAAACCUGACUACUUUAUUCAAUGACGGGGAGAACAGUCAGGGUCUUAAAAAUGAUUUCGUUCGGAAUAUUUUGUGGACAUUUGAAGAUAUACAUAUGUUGGUCGGCUCCAACAUGCCCAUAUUUGGAGGAGGCAGGUAUCCAGCAGUCAGCUUACGUCUCAGGGAUAACAACAAACCAAUUAAUGUGCUAACUGGAAUUGACUAUUGGUUGGACAACUUGAUAUGCAACGUACCAGAGCUCGUGAUGUGUUUUCAUGUAAAUGGAAUUGUACAGAAGUAUGAAAUGAUAAAGACAGAAGAGAUCCCCAAUUUGGAAAACUCUAAUUUUUCUACUAAGGUCAUAAAAGACAUUGCACAGAAUAUUUUAUCGUUUCUGAAAUCGAAUUGUACCAAAGAAGGGCAUACCUACUGGCUAUUUAAAGCAAGUGGCAGUGACAUAGUGAAGCUCUAUGAUCUCACUACUCUUUGUGAAGAAACUGAAGACAAAUACCAAAAUCCAUUCACAAUGCCAGUAGCUAUUCUCUUAUAUAAGGUUGCUUGCAACAUGAUGAUGAAGAAGAAUCAAAAUAAGAAACACUAUGGGACUAUUAGAACAUUGCUUCUUAAUUGUGUUAAACUGUUGGACAAAAGCAGGCAUCCUCAAAUUAUCGCUUCGGCCAAUUACAUGCUUUCAGAACUUUUCCAGUUGGAUGAACCUAAAAAAGAAGAAAGUUCAGAAUCUCCUUUAAACGAGAAUUCUGAUGAAAGUUACAGUGAAGAGGAGGAGGAGACGCCGGACAGCGAUGAAAACGGACCCUACGGCUCCAGCGCCGACCCGCCAGACGAUAACAAAGCGGUAGCCAUCAUUAAGUCUGUUGGCGAAUUGUCAGUUCCAGAAAAAUACAAAUCCAUCCAUCAAAUCAGACCCAGUUGUGCAUUUCCAGUUUGCCAUGACACAGAAGAGCGCUGUAGACUGGUGCUUAGCUACGUUCUGGAGGGUUUAAAAUCCGUAGACAGCAGCAUUAAAAAAGAAAGUGACCUUCCUGCAGCUGACCCCAACACCCCAAUCCCAUUAAAGUAUGAAGAUGAAUCUACAAGGGGGGGUCCUGAGGGUCUAGAGAAGCAGAUGGCCCUGUUUUUGGACAAGAUGGGCUCCCUUCAGAAGGGCAAUUAUUCCAGUCAAUCUGGAAUGAUCCCUGGUUCUUGGCAACAUAAAAUGAAACUCCAGCUGAUUCUCAAGUCAUCGAAGGCCUAUUAUGUUUUGUCUGAUGCUGCCAUGAGUCUUCAGAAAUAUGGACGAGCGUUACGAUACAUUAAAUUAGCUUUGCAGAGCCAUGAUACUUACUGCUGCCUCUGCACCAACAUGCUUUCUGAAGUACUGCUGUUUCUUUCUCAAUAUUUGACACUCUGCGGUGAUAUCCAACUAAUGCUGGCCCAGAAUGCAAACAACAGAGCAGCCCACCUCGAAGAGUUUAAUUAUCAGACGAAAGAGGAUCAGGAGAUAUUACACAGCCUCCACAGGGAGUCCAGUUGUCAGGGAUUUGCAUGGGCAACUGAUUUGUCUACAGACUUAGAAAGUCAACUUUCAGUUAGUUGUAAAUGUUAUGAAGCUGCUAAUGAAAUCUUGCAAUUUAGUGACUUAAAAAACCAAAAUCCAGAACACUAUGUACAAGUAUUGAAGAGAAUGGGUAACAUUAGAAACGAGAUCGGUGUGUUUUAUAUGAAUCAGGCCGCUGCGUUACAGAGUGAGAGAGUAGUGAGCAAAAGUGUGUCUACUGCGGAGCAACAAUUGUGGAAAAAGAGCUUUUCUUGUUUUGAAAAAGGAAUUCACAACUUUGAGUCAAUCGAUGAUGCCACAAAUGCUGCCCUUUUAUUAUGUAAUACGGGAAGACUGAUGCGAAUCUGUGCGCAGGCGCACUGUGGCACAGGUGACGAGCUCAAGCGUGAAUUUUCGCCGGAAGAGGGCAUGUAUUACAAUAAGGCUGUUGAUUACUAUUUGAAAGCGCUGCGGUCACUGGGAACACGAGAUAUACACCCCGCCGUUUGGGAUUCAGUGAACUGGGAGUUGUCCACCACUUACUUCACCAUGGCAACGCUGCAGCAAGAUUACGCUCCAUUGUCCAGGAAAGCCCAGGAGCAGAUCGAAAAAGAAGUCAGUGAGGCUAUGAUGAAGUCCCUGAAGUACUGCGAUGUGGACUCGGUGUCUGCCCGACAGCCUCUCUGUCAGUACCGAGCCGCAACCAUCCAUCACCGGCUGGCAUCCAUGUACCACAGCUGUCUGAGGAACCAGGUCGGUGACGAGCAUCUCCGGAAGCAGCACCGGGUGCUGGCCGACCUUCAUUACAGCAAAGCCGUGAAGCUCUUCCAGCUGCUGAAGGACGCGCCCUGCGAACUGCUGCGAGUACAGUUAGAAAGAGUCGCGUUCGCAGAGUUUCAGAUGACCAGUCAGAAUAGCAACGUUGGAAAAUUAAAAACACUGUCUGGGGCCCUGGAUAUAAUGGUGAGAACUAAGCACGCGUUCCAGCUCAUCGGAAGGGAGCUCGUGGGGGAGCUGGGCCAGCCGAAGAGUGAGGAGGCCCCUCCGGCUGCCGAUCCCUCUCCCAGUCUGAAUCGAGAAGAGGUGAUCAAACUCCUCAGUAUAUUUGAAUCCCGGCUGUCGUUCCUCCUCCUUCAGUCCAUCAAACUGCUGUCUUCGACUAAGAAGAAAACCAGCAAUAACGGCGAAGACGACGUAGCCCUCAAAACCAACAAGCAGAUUUACUCCCAGCUUUUGAGAGCUACAGCCAACAGAAACACAACUCUGUCUGAAAGGAUCGACGUUCUUACCCGUUUGCUGGAUCAGCUUGCCCGCGGCAGCGGUGGCCCCGGCCAGUGACUCACGCCAGGGCGGCGUCCGCCCAGAUGCUGUCAGUGCCUUCUGCACUCGGGGGCGAGUUUGUCCAUUUGGUGCUUCGUUUAAUUAAAUACGCGGGGAUACCCACUUACCGCGGGCACAGCAGCGGAACCGCUGAGCCCUCAUUGCCCGUGACAGACACAUCACGGUCGAAUUCUUUGGCUUCUUCAUGGAAAGUGCUAAAAACAGUCAGACUUAAAGCUCCCGGCACUGAUUUCUUCGAGAAAUACAUGGCACCUCAACGUUGACAGACUUGCUGUGAUGCAGUUACACUUUUAAAUGUUUUUGAAGUAUGUUAAGCUGUAUGGGUUUAAGCUGUAAUUAUUUGGGGUAAAUGCUCCUUUGGUCAAGGGAACUUUAUUCCAGCGACGUGAGUGGCCCAGCGACGUGAGUGGCCCGGUGGGUUCGGGCAGCGGCCUGCACGUGCGCAGGGCUCCCCUCUCGCGGCCCGGGGUGAGCUCGGCCCUUCGUAAGCUGCGGUGCAGGAGUUUUGAAGACGCAUCGAGCAGUUCCCUGUAUUCAGUGCAUGUUCUGAGGGACCUACUUUUCUUUCCCUUGGUGACAGUUGGUGAAGAGUAGGUACUACUCCCGUCUCCCCCCCCACCUCACCCCCGGCCUUUUUUAUUUUA